AUGCCGAACUCGGCAUUCAGAAGCCCCGGUCUAGUCUUGGCCAUCAUAUCCAGCGUCUCUCUAUUCGCACUCAUUCUCUAUCGUGGCUACAGAGCCCGUCGCUUUUACCGGGAUUUGCCUGGUCCUCCACAUAGUUGGUUAUGGGGUCACAUCUCCAUCUUCAGAGAUAUCACAAGGUUGAUGCCUCCUAACUCCAUGCCUCAGCUACAUUACACCGAAAUCGCACAUCGAUACAAUCUUCAUGGUAUCUUCUAUCUCGAUCUUUGGCCCAUCGGCCCAGGGCUAGUUAUUAUAACAGAUCCAAAACUUAUUGAGCAGGCUGCUGUCCCUAGGCCGUUGGUCCCGCACCCCAUGACCAACACGUUCAUGGCUUCCAUGGUGGGAGAAAACAGCAUUCCGACCAAAGGCGGUACGGAGUGGAGGAAGCUUCAUAAUUUAAUGAGUCCUGCAUUCUCGAACGCAUAUGCCCGUGGCCUGGUGGGCGUCAUGGUCGAUGCGAGUAGGAUUCUCAGAAGCAAACUGGAUGAGUUUUCGGCAACGGGUCAAGUAUUCUCUAUGGAAGAUAUGAUGAUCAAGUUGGUAUUUAGAAUUGUUUCUCGUCAAAUUCUCAACGCCGGUUCCUAUGCUCAAGAACAGGGGAGACAGGACCUUGCCAACAUGAGAGAGCUAGUCGACCUUGCACAGGAAGAAAGCGAUCCUCGCAUCGCAUACAACCUACUAGUACAAAUUCCUCGACGUCUGAGAAGGUAUUUUGUUCGAAGAAAACUCGAGACUUCCAUUCUCGGAUUUGUCUAUAAGCGACUCAAGGUUCUUGUCAGAAAAGAGAUUGUUCCAUCGAGGCAAAAUCCGACCAGCAUUCUCGAUCUUAUGCUUCGUGAACAUGUGGAAUCUGCGAUAAAAGAGAAGAAAAAGGGUCGUAAUGGCGUUCUCAAGCUUUCUGGAGUUGAGGAGAAACAACUUCUUAGCUAUCUGAGAAUCUUAUUGUUGGGUGGACAUACUACAUCUACAAAUACUCUGACUUAUCUAUUUAUGCUUCUUUCUCAAGAGCCUCAGAUAGUUGACAAGAUGCGCCAAGAACACGCCCAACAAUUAGGAUCUGACCCUCAAACUACGAUCCUCGACAACCCCGAUAUGUUAUUCAAGCUUACAUACACUGAAGCUGUCAUCAAAGAGGUACUCAGACUCUAUCCAGUAGGGUCCAGUCUGCGGCUAGGUCCGCCUGGCGCAACUGUAUGCCACCAAGGCCGCCAUCUUCCAAUCGACAACUCUCUCGUCGUUAUGACUAACGCGCAUGGAAUACAUUAUGACCCAAGUCUGUACUCAAGACACACGACCUUCCAGCCCGAACGAUGGCUCGGUCAGAACAAAACGCAUCCAGGGCCGAGAUACUUUCGCCCCUUUGGGGGAGAUGGGAGGUGGUGUCCUGGGCAGAACAUUGCCAUGUACAUACUCAGGGUCGUUUUAGUCAUGAUUAUAGGAGAUUACACGUUUGAGUGUGCUGAUAUAAAGCCCAAUCUUAUGGCAAGGACUUUGCAUACGGAUAUUGAUAUGGCGUUUGGAGAUAUCGCUUUUCAGGAGCUUGGGCUAGAAGGAAAACCUAGGGAUGGGAUGAUGAUGACUGUUAGAAAAAGAGCGUAA